GGGUUCAUACAGCCGUCGGGUUCAUACAGCCGUCGGGUUCAUACAGCCGUCGGGUUCAUACGGCCUUAAAGUGUCAUUGUCCUUUAACCUAACCAAAAUAUUGCUUCACCAUGAAGUCUGGUCCGAACAUACUUAUAACAGGUACACCAGGAGUAGGGAAGUCUACAUUAGCACAACAAUUAGCUGAACGUUCUGGACUGGAAUGGAUCAGCGUAGGAGACCUAGCAAGGGACAAUAAUUUUUUUGAUGGUUAUGAUGAUGAGAGAGAUUGCCCCAUUCUGGAUGAAGAUAAAGUGUUAGAUGAAUUGGAGGAUAUGAUUGAGGAAGGCGGCAAAAUAGUUGAUUAUCACGGCUGUGAUUUCUUCCCAGAAAGAUUUUUUGACAUCAUAUUUGUGCUGAGGACUGAUAACACACUGCUAUAUGACAGACUUGCUGCCAGGGGUUACCAUGGAAAGAAACUAGAAGACAACAUAGAAUGUGAAAUAAUGAAUGUCUUAAGAGAUGAAGCCAAGGACAGUUACGCUGACCACCUAGUACAUGAAUUGCCAUCCAACACUACUGAUGACAUGGAGAACAAUCUUGAGAGAAUGCUGCUGUGGAUAAAUGCAUGGAAGAGAGACAACAAUUGUUAAGACUUUUCCAUUAUCAACAAUUCACAGAAUAUCUGUAGAUAAGUCAAAA